AUGGCUCCAUCUAAGAAAGUUGCUCCAGCUCCUUUGGCUUCCAAGGCCGGUAAGGCCGGUAAGGCCAAGAACCCAUUGACCAACUCCACUCCAAAGAGCUUUGGUAUUGGCCAAGACAUCCAGCCAAAGAGAAACUUGUCUAGAUACGUGAAAUGGCCAGAGUACGUCAGACUUCAAAGACAAAAGAAGAUUUUGUCUAUGAGACUAAAGGUUCCUCCAACCAUUGCUCAGUUCCAGCACACUUUGGACAGAAACACUGCUGCUGAGACCUUCAAGCUUUUCAACAAGUACAGACCUGAAUCUCAGGCCGAGAAGAAGGAGAGACUAACCAAGGAGGCUGCCGCCUACGCCGAGGGUAAGUCCAAGCAGGAAGCUUCUCCAAAGCCUUACGCUGUCAAGUUCGGUUUGAACCACGUUGUUUCUCUUAUCGAGAACAAGAAGGCCAAGCUUGUGUUGAUCGCCAACGACGUCGACCCAAUCGAGCUUGUCGUUUUCUUGCCAGCUUUGUGCAAGAAGAUGGGUGUUCCUUACGCCAUUGUGAAGGGUAAGGCCAGACUUGGAACUUUGGUUAACCAGAAGAAGUCUGCUGUCGCCGCUUUGGCCGAAGUCAGAGAGGAAGACGAGGCUGCUCUAGCCAAGUUGGUCUCUACUGUCAACGCCAACUACUUGGAGAAGUACGACGAGGUCAAGAAGCACUGGGGUGGUGGUCUAGUCGGCGCCAAGGCCCAGGUCAAGAGAGACCAGUUGGCCAAGAACUCUGAGUCCUCUUAA